UCUACCGUUGACGUCUUCGGAUUUGUGCGAUUCUCCGUGUUCUGCGUUUUUUCGCGUGCCCGUUUCUUCGGUUCGGUUCGAUUGUGGACGUGGAUAUCUUCCUCUUCAUCCCACACACACGCUUACACUCUCAGAUACUGGCGAACAUGUGAAGUGGCAAUAAUCGAAAAGCAAGCAGCAGAAAUUAGAACAAGCCCACAGCAAAAAUACAAAAAUAAAAAGAAAGCAAACAAAAUAGAAAAAAAAAUAAGUGAACCACCACCACCACAACAACAACAAAUUUUACUAUGGUUAAAAUGCGGUCAAAAAAUUGUGAAAAUGGUUGACAAAAAGUUGAAGAAAUUGUCGAAUACAUUACAAUUGAAAUACAAAUACCAAAAGUGCUAAAAGUGUAAAAGAAAUAAACAGUGCAAUACAAAACAACAACAGCAACGGAAAUACGCAAAACACAAAAAAGUUAAAAUUCAAAAGAAAUACAAAAAUUCAAGAAAUCAAUAAAUAAAAUAAACCACAUGCUCAAUACUCCCAAAAAAGCUGUUGUAAAUAUUUUAAAAUAAAUCAAAGAACAGCACGAAAAUCUGUUAUUGUCCCAUUGUACAUAAAACAAGCGAAGACAAACCCAAAAUUAUUGGAAAUCGAUAUAAAUUAAACCUCUUAUCCACCACGGAACUAUCAUCCACGAUCUAUAUAUCCCACAUAAUACAAACAAUCUACUCGUACUACUCCCUGUUCAUUAUUUUAAGCAUAAUUUUAUGUCUUCCUCCCAUUGUUUUUGAUUAUUUCAUUAAACAAUAAACUCAACAAGGAUUAUCGCAAACAAAAGCGAACAGCAAAAAUAAAAUCGGACACAAUAUUAGCUACAUUUUUGUGGAAUUCUUUCAAAAUGUCCAUUAGCUGAAGCUGCAAUUUCGCAAAAUUCAACAUUGGUCCCUGGAAAGCCUAGAAAGUGCUUAACCCUCGGAUCGCCAGAAGAUUCGCCUCGAUCACCUGGGUCUAAUGACAAUGAAGUUUUGCAGCAUGAACGGCCCAAGUGAAUCGGAAGUUGAGAGCCUGCUGAUGAGUCCGUGCUGGGGACCGCCCCAGACCUCUGCCCAGGACCAGUACCUGCUCGAUGGCCACAAGCUGCUGCUGGAGCACGACCUGGACUCCCUGCCCAGCGAUGCGGACCAGAAGAACUCGCUGGACGUGCUGGAUAACCUGCUGCUGAACGGCUCCUCACUGAACGCCCUCUCCGACCUGAAGCCGCUGCCCCCGUUCACCGGCUACACCGGCCAUCUCUCCAUCAAUGGGAUCUCCGGCCACCACUACCAUGCCAUUGCCCAGAGGCUGCCGGAUGAGAGUAACAACAACUACAUGCAGAGCGCCUACCAAUCGAAUCCCACGUCCACGACACAGUCGAGUGCGGGAGUCGGUGGCAGCAACAGCAGCAAUUCCAACUCCAACGAGCACAACAUCGUGUCCUCCUCCACCUGCCUGCCCGAGAGUGUCCUGAGCGGGAGUGGUGGGGGUAACGGUAACGGGGGAGCUGACGCCUGCCUGGCAGACGUCAAGCUCUUCGCCGAUAGUCAACUAGAUUCUAAGCUUUACUCAGUCGCCGAUAGCUGUGUGAUGAGCGGCUCCGGGACCGGAUCCUCGGCGAACGGCAAUAACGGGGCAGGUCCCAGCAUAGCCACCUUGACGCCCAUCGACCAGGUGGCCGACUCCCUCCAUAAUAGCGGCGUUCGCAUCUACAAGGACCUGACGGAGUACGUGGACAUGAACUCCAUAGACGACAUAGCGGCCAUUAUAGGCUCCGCCAUUGCGGACACCACGGUGCCCAAUCAGAUGGACAAGGACGACAACAAUGACACGCGGGACAGCUGGAUGGAUCUCGAUGCCUGGAUCGAUGGCAAUUGCAUACAGCAGGAGUCGGCCAAGGUCCUGGUCUCGCAGCAGGACUCCCUCGGUGACUUCAUGCUGCCACACAGUCCCCUGCCCAUGCACGCCAGCAGUUCCACGCUUCAGAGCCUUCUCAGCCACGGCUACAUGCCGCUGCUGCAGAAUCGCCUCCAAAACGGACCUCCAAAUGGAGGCUCCUCGGGUGGCGGAGGAUCCCAACAGGGUGCUGGCGGCAAGGGGGAUCCGCAGGCGCCCACAUCUACCUCUUACUGCAACGAACUGGCGGCAGCCACUAGCAGCAGUUGCAGUCCGCCCGGAUCCGUGGUCAGCACCACGGACAAUCCCAACGGCCUGAUGAUCAAUCCGCGUUACUUGAGCAAUCCGCCUGGCAGCAAUCAGGCGACGGGGAAUCCCCACCAGCAGGGCGGCUAUCCCAUGCAGAAUUCCGGUAUGUCCCUCAAGGACAACGGCCUCUGCUCACCCGACCUCCUGGGCAACUAUCCGCACACGACCACGGCCAGCACGACGGGCUCGGAGCUGCGCACCGGAACGCCCAAGGCCAAGCGAUCCCGGUCCCAGAAGAAGUCCAGCCAGCAGCAGCAACAGCAACAGCAGCAGCAACAGGGCGAGACCGGUGGUCCGCCCAACAAUACGCCCCAGAUGAGCGCCAUCUCGCCGUCGGGCUUCAGUGCCAGCGAUCUGAGCGGUCUGCUGGGCAAGGAGAAGCCGGUGCAUCGGUGUAGCAUCUGCAACCGGGGCUUCCUCAACAAGUCCAACAUCAAGGUGCAUCUGCGCACCCACACGGGCGAGAAGCCCUUCCGCUGCGAUGUCUGCGCCAAGGCCUUCCGCCAGAAGGCGCACCUGCUCAAACAUCAACAGAUACACAAGAGAAUUGGGCGUGACUGACGCUCCUCCACGAGCUUUAUGUUAUAGCCGAACAACCAGUAGCAUCUCCCAGGGAGGAGCUUCAUCCACAUCACAGAAAAGUAGGAUCAUUUCAAUCAAAAACUGUCAAAUCAAUGGGAUAUAUAUUUUUCAUGAGAAGGUUCUGAAAUCUAAAGAGUAUUGAAAACCAUUAUUUUAGUUUGACUUUCGAAGUAAAAUCAAGAUCUUGGUUUUUAAAACCUUUAAAGAGUAACUGAACUAACCCCAAUAGACAGUUUACUUGAUUGAUUGUGACUUUUUCUGUGUGGAAGUUAUUUUCUUUAACAAUUUCGGUUCCGACAAGGAUCUAUAUUGUCUGAAGAUUGGCUCCCAUUGGGUGGCUUCUCCCUGCUUUCUCUGCGUGCGUGUGUGCCAGUGCUUGGCCAGGCCAAUGUCUGUAUAUCACAGAAUAUACGGGGAUUGGCCAAUCUAUAUAUCAGAUAUAUAUAUAGAGAAUAUAAUUUUGUACAAGGCUACGCAGUGGCAUACACACACUUUUUGAUAUUCGUUGUUGUUGGUUGCUUUUGAUCUCUUUGGUUAUUCCAUUUAUUAGGCAAAAUUCAGACUAGAUUUUUUAUUUCAAAGUCCUUAAAAUUGUCUCUCCCGUAUUAUAGUACUUCUUAUAUCUUUAUACUUUUUGAAAAGAUAGACAAACCUUAAAUCGGUACCCACUUUUUGGCUAUGUCAGAUUCAAGUUUAGUUCUGAUACGUUAGCUAAACAUCAACCUACUACCUCCAGACAGGCAAAUGAUAUAGUAGUAUUAUCCAUUUUAAAUAUAUGGUAAUAUCUGUAGCUAUAUGCAGACCAAGACCCCUAGCAAUAGUGAUCGCAAAAGAAAAGCCAAAGAAACCACAAGCAAUGUAAGAACAACGAAGCGUCCAAUUGUCAUUCUGCAACUGUUGUUCUGUUUUGAUGCAGGAUCGCGAACUUCGAGCAACCAAGGUCCUGGCACAGGUAAAAUAUACAAUAAACAAUCUAGACAAUAAUACCAAUAUAGGAAGGGGAAUUCGAGGAAGUUGUAUAAAGUUCUGAAUGUUGUCUGUACCUCAUCAUGUUGAAAACUGAAAAGUGACGCAUACAAAUUACAAUUUAAAUCUAAAACUAAUCAAGCAAAAGCAAUAACAAUUUUAAAUUAAUUACUUUUAAAAUGUACAAACCAAUGGAAAAGCGUUAAUUCUAAAACAUACAUAUAUAUAUAAACAAAAACAAUAGUAUAAGCAUUUUGUAGCGGGCUUGGCAAAAUAUUAUUCAUAAUAAUUCAUUUGCGUAAAUACGAAAACGUUAACAGAAAUAAAUCUAUACCGAAAUCGAUGGAAGUGGAAAUGGAAAUAGAAAUGAUGAAAAUCGUUUAGCAAUGUACUCAAGUAAUAAACUCGAUUUAAUUUAGCCAAUAUCAUAAAGCGUUGUUAAUUUGUUUUUUAAAAAGUUUGUUGCUAAAGUUUUAACGUUAUGCUUAACCAUAAAUUAUGUUCAAUAUACCCGAAAUUAUUUAUCCCUAAAAUUUGGACACACAUAGCACACGAAAAAAUAAAAAUAAAAAACACAAAAAAUUACAUAAAUUCUAAAGUAAUUUAAUGAUAUUUUUAAAUAUAUGUAUGUAUAAUUUCUAUAAAAACAAAAAAGGACAAUAUUAAUUGUGUUAUUUUAGUUAUCGUGCAAUUUUAUUUAUUUUUACAAAAGCAAACUUGAAUUUUGUUCAACACAUUUCGAUUUGUAAAUAUUUAUUUCGUA